ACACGUUUUUUUGAUUUCUCCUUAAAUAUUAUAACUCAUUAAUAAAUAUUCUUUGUUUAUAAAUGAUUGUUCAGUGUUUUAGAUAAAAUUUCCAAAAAUAAACAGUGCAAUAAUAGUGAUUAAUUUUGUAAUCCCCAUUUUGUAUGAAUUCAUACAUGUUUUAAGGUUAUGUUCACCAACAUUGUUGAAAUUUUCUGCGUAAACGAAAACAUUCUCAGUACAGCCAAUGGAAUCAUUUGAAAUAAAGCUUGAUGAGUAAUACCAACGAGUGACCUCGCGUCGCGACAGUCUUUUUGCUUCCCAAUUUGUACCGUGUGGAACGUUUGAGAAAAUUACUGACGUUUCGUAGUGGUUGUGUGCUUUGCUAUUCGCAUGGCCGACGUGUGCAUUCCUUAAGUUUCUGUUCGCGUGGUGUCCUUCAUAUAAUUGCAGGUGUUUUUAUUAAAGAUUUAGUGUGUCUAAAAGUAAAAAAAAACAUUAAUUCAAAAUCACAAGUGAGUGUGUGCAUCGUGUCAAAUCCACAAGUGUACCGUUCGAACGUUAUGCUGUGCACGUUCGACCUGACAUAAUCCGGUUUGAACUGGAUUUCGGCAGGUUCUUUAAGAUAAAUGGACUGGCCGUUCGUUUCAGAAAUUCUGCACAUUUGGCUUUUACGAAAGGAGUAAAUCUUUUUUUUUUUUUAAUUACCCGAGAGAAAUCAUCGAGGAAUUAGGUAUAAACUCUUAUAUAGUAACCACGCGACUUCCAGCACACAGCAAUGUCCAACGAGGAGACGUCCGCCGACCGUAAUGUCGAAAUCUGGAAGAUCAAGAAACUUAUUAAAAGCCUUGAAAUGGCUAGGGGGAAUGGCACAAGUAUGAUAUCGUUGAUAAUACCUCCAAAGGAUCAAAUAUCGAGAGUAAGCAAAAUGUUGGCCGAUGAAUUUGGUACUGCAUCUAACAUAAAAUCUCGUGUAAAUAGAUUAUCAGUUCUUGGUGCCAUCACAUCAGUACAGCAUAGGCUAAAAUUAUACACCAAAGUACCUCCAAAUGGCCUGGUUAUUUACUGUGGAACAAUUGUAACAGAAGAAGGCAAAGAAAAGAAAGUCAACAUCGAUUUUGAACCCUUUAAGCCUAUCAAUACUUCUCUUUAUUUGUGUGAUAAUAAGUUUCAUACUGAGGCACUUACUGCGCUACUUGCCGAUGAUAACAAAUUUGGUUUUAUUGUUAUGGAUGGUAAUGGAGCGCUUUUUGGUACUCUACAAGGAAACACACGCGAAGUUUUACAUAAAUUUACCGUGGACCUACCCAAAAAACACGGCAGAGGAGGACAGUCUGCUCUUCGUUUUGCUCGAUUGCGUAUGGAAAAACGACACAACUACGUCCGUAAAGUCGCUGAAGUAGCGACUCAGCUUUAUAUUACUAAUGAUAAGCCUAACAUUGCGGGUCUUAUUUUGGCUGGUAGUGCUGACUUUAAAACAGAGCUCAGUCAGUCCGAUAUGUUUGAUCCUAGAUUGCAAGCUAAAGUGAUAAAACUAGUUGAUGUUUCGUACGGAGGGGAAAAUGGUUUUAAUCAAGCUAUUGAAUUGGCAGCUGAAUCUUUGCAGAAUGUUAAAUUUAUUCAAGAAAAGAAACUUAUUGGUCGCUAUUUUGAUGAGAUUUCUCAAGACACUGGAAAAUAUUGUUUUGGUGUUGAAGACACGUUGAGAGCCUUGGAAUUAGGUAGCGUAGAGACAUUGAUUUGUUGGGAGAAUUUAGAUAUUCAACGAUAUGUUCUUAAAAAUCAUACGAACGGUGAGGAGAAAGUAUUGCAUCUAACUCCUGAACAAGAAAAAGACAAAUCACACUUUACUGAUAAAGAGAGUGGUGUAGAAUUGGAAUUGGUAGAAUGUCAACCUUUGCUUGAAUGGCUGGCAAAUAAUUACAAGAGUUUUGGAGCAACACUAGAAAUUAUAACAGACAAGUCUCAGGAAGGUUCGCAAUUCGUCAGAGGUUUUGGUGGAAUUGGCGGAAUCCUCCGCUACAAAGUUGAUUUCCAGUCACUGCAGGCUGAUGAGCCUCUUGAUGACGUUGACCUCGAUGAUUACUAAUUUCAUCCGUGAAAUACUCAAGAGUCUACCAGCUCGCAUAUCGGGAAAGGAAUAUUGCGCUAUAAAGUCGACUUUCAAAGUAUGCAAUUGGAAGAAGAUGAACUCGAUAAUUUCGAUCUGGACGAUUAUUAAAAAGCAGUUGAAUUUACAGACUACUACUCGGUUCUCAAAUGCUUUUAUGAGAAAAAACGCACUGCGUGUUUUCUCAGUCGCGUAGUAUUUUAAUGAGAAGCACUUUUGAAAAUUUCCCAGCAAGAGGCAAUUUAUAAAAUUUAGUGAAAAAAAAAAUCGUUUCAAUUUUUAUGGAGCACUACGCGAUGAGAGAAAUCUCCAGUUUGUCGCUUAGAUUGAUGAUGUGCACGGAAAAGAGCAACACGAAGACUGUGACACUUAAUAAAUAAAAGCCAGCUUGAUACCUGCCUACCAUCUUAAAACAAAAAUAAUAAUAAUAAUUCACGCAAAAACAAUUAUUUUUUUCUUUGAUUAUUCACAUGAAUUUAUUUAGUCAUUUUCAAAUGAACUAAUCUUAGCGGAAAAAAAAACUAUUGUAUAGUGCUACGAAACGAUAAAUUUUUGUAAAAAAAAAUCGCCUUUUGCUUUUUUUUUAAAUGAAAAAUGUUUUAUUGGCUCAAAUUAACUUCGCGCAGAAUUUUAAAUGUUAUAUAUCAAAUCAUAAAAAAAAAUCUGUAAUAAAUUUUAGAUUAUUAUAACAUUCAGCCUACAUCGUGCAUUUCGUAAAAUUCGUAUGAAUAAUGAAAGCUUGCACAAAUUUUCAGAUAAUAUUUUUUUUUUUUUUUACAUUCAAAUUAUAUUUUCAAUUUUUAUUUUUCUUAUUAAUGAGGAAUAGAGAUUUGGGAUUCAACUGGUCACACAUCCGUCUCUACGACAAUAUAUACAUAAAAAAAAAAAAAAAAAAAAAUAGAAAAAUUGUAUGUGAAAAAUUUUGCCUUAAGCGUGUCAUAGUUUUGUACGAUAUCUUUCUUAGUUUUCAGCGAAAUGCAAAAAUUCAUAUAAUUAGCAUGAGAAAGAGAGAGAGAUCGCCAAGUUGAUUUUGAAACAACUUUGCCCAUGUUCUCAAAGGCUUUCCAUCAAUUUUCGCGAAAAUUCAUUAAAGUGAAAAACGAAUUAUUAAAACUAAUUAAGAAACGA